GUCACGGACACAAAACAGAACAAGCAGCAGACACAAAUAUCCUCUCUCUCUCUCUCUCUCUCUCUCUCUCUCUAACACACACACACACACACGAUAGAGAGUAAUGAAAAGCUAAUUUAGAUGUAAACCAUUAAGCAAUAAAGGGCAUGGCUUUUGUUCUACCCAACCUCCAACAUUCUCUCUUAACUCAAUCCAAACCCAAAGAGAAACCCAUUCAUCAAGCUCUUUCACCGCCAAAACCCACUUCUCAGUUUCCAAUAUCUUCUUCCACUUCUUCUUGUUGUCUCCAAAGUUCCACUGCACAAGUUGCACACGUUAACACACCACAAGAAAAGCAGCCAAAAGAUGAAUUCUAUCUCAACCUUGGCCUUGCUGUGAGGACCCUUCGUGAGGACCUUCCUUUGAUCUUCAUCAAAGACCUCGAUUAUGACAUUUAUAGGGAUGACAUAACGUUCAUGGAUCCCUUGAACAAAUUUACUGGGAUUGAAAAGUACAAAUUGAUCUUCUGGGCACUUAGGUUUCAUGGAAAAAUUUUGUUUCGUGAGAUAGCACUUGAUGUGUACAGGGUGUGGCAACCUUCGGAGAAUGUCAUAUUGAUUAGGUGGAACCUUAGGGGUGUGCCACGUGUCCCUUGGGAGACUAAAGGGGAAUUUCAGGGCACUUCGAGGUACAAAUUGGAUAGAAAUGGCAAAAUUUAUGAACACAAAGUUGAUAACUUGGCAUUCAAUUUUCCACAGAAUAUCAAAGCAGUUUCAGUUUUAGAUUUGGUUACUGCAUCUGCAUGCCCUGCAAGUCCAAAUCCCACAUUUUUGUGGGGUCAUGUUGAUUCCUACUCUUCUUCAUGGAUAGCUUUUUACAAGGCAGUUAAGGACACAGUGGUUCAAGAAGAGGCUUUGCUACCACAAGAUGGUCUAGCUACAUGUUCAUAGCUAUGUAUUAGUCAUCUGUUUCAUAUGUUACUAUUAUGUGUACAAUAUAGUUUAAUAGGUUAGGUAUAAUGAGUUGCUACAUUGCAUAAAAUGGUUAUUCUUCAAGGACAAGAGUGUAUAUAGAUAGGCAAGGAUGAAGAAGAGUUCUACUUGCUCACUCUGUUGUUGGAGGAAAUGGAGAUUUCUAUGUUUGGUGAGCUUUAUACAGAUUACAUAUAUCUAUAUUCAGGCUUCUAUAAUUAAUUUUAAUUUAUAUUUUCUUCAAUUCUGUUACAGAGUUGUUUUUUGUCAUUUUUUCUCAUAAUUGUUGAACUAUAUGGAUCUCACUUUUUAAACUUUAAAGAUUCUAUAAUAUGUUUAAGAAUUGUACUAUAGUUUUACCCU